CCUCUUGUCUCGUUAGAAUGGUGUUCCUUUUCUUGGUAACUCAGGGGCCUGGUUUAUGGGUUUGGGGAUUUGCUUGUUGAUUUCUUGGAUUUUAUGCAACGGACUGUGGGAAAAUGCAACCUGGGUAAUGGCCAUUAAUGUUUAUUUGGUUAUUGUUUAGGUGUUCUUCGUGUUGGAUUCUUGACUAAACCUUUGUGCAUUCCCCCUACACCGUUUUGAGGCUUGUAUGUUAUUUCUGGCAAUCAGUCCAAUUCAAUUGACUGAUUGCCAAAUAGCAUAUGACUCCCGCGGAUGCUUUGAAGCCUAGUAAAGCCUUAAAUGGAGUGCAUGGGGUUCAUAUGCUGCCACAUUCACCAUUUACAUUCCAAGAGAUAAAGCAACAUGGUGAUCUCAAUCAAUCAGCUAGUGGAACUUCAAAUAUUGGGAGCAACCAAUCGAUAAUAGCACAGAAAGUUUGGCAGCAGAAGCAUUCCUUCCUCGUGCCAAUACAUUGUGGUCUUAGCGGUGAUAGAAACCUCGCCGAAUCAGUUGUUAAUGUGCUUACUUCACUUCCUUUUAUUGCCCUUGGAAUCCAGGCCCCAAGGAAAAAUGUUAAUUGUAAAAUCUAUGCAAAUUCAUUAAUUGGGGUAGGAGUUGCCUCCAGUUUGUACCAUUCUUCAAGAGGUAAAUGGAGGAAGUAUUUCAGAUGGGCUGAUUACGCAAUGAUAGCCACAGCAACAGUGUGUCUGUCAAGAGCAAUUAGGAAAGAGAACUCAAAGUUGUUGAUGGCAGCAUCCGCUAUGUGUCUACCAAUACAGCCUCUGAUGGUGUCAGCAGUUCACACUGGAUUGAUGGAGGUUGCAUUUGCAAAGAGAGCGUCUGAAGAUCCCGAUCUCAGGAUGGCACACAACGUGCAUAAGAUGUCUUCAGUAGUAGGCGGAGCCCUUUUCAUUGCGGAUGAUCUUUUCCCUGAAACCCCAUUUCUACAUGCUGGUUGGCAUCUCGCCGCUGCUGUUGGAGUUGGCACUUGCAACAAACUCUUGGAGUAGUUAAUCUGUCCUCAUUAAUUUGCCGAAAAUACCUAUCCAUGAAUCUCAACUCCGAGUCCCUCCACAGGUAGGACAAGGAAAAGGAUAUGCCAUAUAGAAUAUUUCUACAACGUAAAUACAAGAAGCGCGUCUUCAAUUGGUUAAGGAGUACUUAUAUUUGCAUCAAGUUAUUGAAUAUGAACACAAAAAAGAACAGUACUAUUCUUUAUUUAUGAUCAAGAAUCAUCAGUUCGUGUUAUAUACAUUUGUAAGCUGCACAGAGAUCAAUGGCUGUAAAUUCGCCAACCAUAAUUUUCAUUUUUGGAGAAUAUAUAUAGUUGUGUCACUGUCAAGUACUA